AAUAUUCAAGCCAUCAGGUGAAAAUCGUGCAAAACAUAGUAGAUACUGUAUUUGUUUCCAUUAGAGGUCUUAUUUUUUGUGAUAAUCAUAGGCUAAUCAAAUGAACAUUCAGAGGUAGCUAGGCUCUAUAAUUAGUUGUAGUGCAGUGAAGUGAAGUGAUGGAUGGGCAGCUUGUUCGAAGAUUACAUCAUAGCCUACUGGGCUACAACUCAACUCUGCACUAUGCAGUAAUUUAACUAUCACCCCAAAACUUGUCGCAACAAAAUGAAGUCAACAUCUUAAUAAAAAAAAGCUGCAGCAGCAGUAUUGCAUAAAUAUACAUUAUCUAAAUUAAAUAUCGAUAGUGCACGGCGGAUUGCCCGUAUCAAGACAUGCGCGUACCUACGCAUAGCUCAGAACGCCCACUAUGCGGCAAUUGAAAAGGCGAUUGGCUGCUAAAGAUAACCGUACCUCCGGUUAUUUCGUGAUUGGUUGAGGGUGACUUGUACAUUACGUUAUGCCUAUUCUACAAGUACACAGGGAGCUUCUGAAAAGGAAGACGUAAUGGUGUGAUUCCUUGUGUCCUUGCAAUGGUCAUCAUUCUAAUAUUCCACAACAAAUUCCACAACCGGGAGUCAGAAUGAAGGGUUGCAAACUCUGAUUUUACGGAUACAUGUAUAAGGCGGGGGCAUCGUCCAUGUGGGCGUCAUGCUGUGGGCUGCUGAACGAGGUGAUGGGCACAGGGACGGUGCGCGGGCAGCAGCCAGGGUUUGGGACCGGAACGGGGCCCUUCCGCUUUGCCCCCAGCGCCGGGUACUCCACAUAUCCCCCCACCAGCUCAGGGAGUGCAGGUCAGCUCUGCAAGGCCUGUGGACUGGCCUUCUCCGUCUUCAGGCGCAAGCACAUAUGCUCGGACUGUAAGAAAAGUUUCUGUGCCAUGUGCUCGGUGCUGCAAGAGAGCCUCCGCUGCUGCACCACCUGCCACCUCCUGCGCGGAACGGCCUUCCAGAGACCACAGCUCAUGGCGCUGCGUGUUAAGGACCUGCGCCAGUACCUGCUGCUGCGCAACAUCCCUACAGACACCUGCAGGGAGAAGGAAGACCUGGUGGACCUGGUGCUCUGCCACCAGGAAGCUGGAGAAAGCACCUUGACACAAGGAGGUGUAGAGGAAGAUGAGGAGGAGGAGGAAGAAGAAGAAGAGGAGGAGGAGGAUGCAGACACAGACAGCCUGCACUCGCUCCCCCACUCCCUCCACGCCUCGCCCCCCUCAGCCGCACACCGCUCCGCUUCAGAGCAGUUGUCUCUCUCCACCUCGGAGCAGUCGGCUCUCUCCGCCUCUCAAGGAGGCUCUCCUCUCAGCCGGAGUGACAGCUCAGGGACUGCUCAGAGCCAGGAGCAUGGGGGAGCUCCGACCAUCCCACUCCUUCACCUGGAACCUGCCAGUGAACCUAUCAUAGAGGUCAGUCCAGUGACACAGAGGAGAAUACGGGCCUCUCUAUCUGACCUGGACAACGAAGGGGACAUUGAGAGCCUGUCUGUCCGGCAGCUCAAAGAGAUUCUGGCCCGUAACUUUGUCAACUACUCUGGCUGCUGUGAGAAGUGGGAGCUGAUAGAGCGGGUGCAUCGGCUCUACAGGGAGAACGAACAGAACAGGAAGUCCAUGGAAAAUGUCAGCAACAUCAACAGCAUGUCUGCAGUGGUGUCAUAUCCUCCGCCUAUCUGCAAUGGUGCAGUGGAAGACAGUGUGAAGGCUCAGCUGGCCUCUGAUGACCACCUAUGUCGCAUCUGCAUGGACGCUGUGAUCGACUGUGUGCUGCUAGAGUGCGGUCACAUGGUCACCUGUACCAAAUGUGGGAUGAGGAUGAGCGAGUGCCCCAUCUGCAGGCAGUACGUGGUGCGGGCCGUGCACGUCUUCAAGUCUUAACUCUGCCUUGAGCGUGCAUGUCAGCCAAGGACAUUGAAGCUGUGACGUAGUGUGUGCAUAUGCUUGAAAACCUGAGGGAGUGUGAAUGAUUUUGCAAGUUUCCAAGGACUUAAUGCUACAGCAGAUGUCCACAUCCUCCAGUCCAAAUGACAUGCAGAGCAGACAGCUUCACACAGCCUGACUUUUACUACAGCUACUAGAACUACAAGAGCCCCACAGGAAACUGCUCUGUCGUGUCUGGAUCUCCACUGGCUCCAGGACACUGACCUUCUGUCUUUAGUGUGAUACACACUGAAUUGUUUCACAAAUAACUCUCCAAUAUCUUAUUUUACAGUGCUUCAUGUCAAUUAGUUUUUUACUUUUAAUAAACCAUGAAGCGGAAUUGGUCCAUCAGGGCCGGUAUACCGAACGCGGACACAGGGCUUGUGCCCCGGGGCCCUGACCUUCCUCAACCAAAUUUGUAUUAUUACAUUUUUGGGGGGUUGUGGGUCAGUGGGCCCCCCAGAUUGCAAAUAGUGUAAAAUUGCAGGAAAUUAGCUUUAAAACGGAAACAUAUUCUCUUAGCCUCAUGAUAAAAUGUGUAGAAGGAGGGGGGAGUGCCUUGAGGUCGGUGCCCCAGGGUUCCAAAUGCAGUAGUCUGGCCCUGGGUUCCAUGGAUCCUUGAAUUGGAUGUUUCAUGGUGAGUAGGUAUUAGGUGAUUUAAGGUGGAGAUCAUUAUGAUGUCCCAGGGUUAGAGUCAAUAUGGUUUACACACUCAUACCACACCAGGCUAUACUAUACGUAUCUCCUUCAAUGUUCUUUAGUAUGUGCAAUAUUAAAAAAUAGACUUCUAUGUCUGUCUAUGAAACUCAUCUGAGAAACUCAACCAGGCUGCAUGUCUCUGUGCUGUUCCAUUCUAUAUACACACACACACACACACGCACACGCACACACACACACGCCCGCGCACACACACACAGGGGAGGGUGUUUUAGGUGCCAAACUUCAUACCACAACUACAUUACUGAUGUCUGAUUGCUGUUUCUAUGCCAAGUGUCACUCCUCACUUCAGACCAUGCAUUGUAGAUUUGAGCAGCAUCCAACCCAAUCAAUAUGUAAACCAUCAAGCUCAGUGAUUGGUUGAAUUGUAGGGAAGCUCUUGAGCCACAUGCUAUGGGUUAUAGGGACUUCAGUUCAAGGCUGUCCAACCCAUGUUCUCCUUGCAUGUGUUGAAUCAGUCACAAGUGAUAUCACAUUAUGAUUAAUGUCUAUGUUGAUGGUCUUGUUUGGUUUAGAUGAGGCUCCUGUCUACUGUGGUAACAUACCAUACACUGUGGCUGGGUCAUCCCAUGCUUUACGUUCCUAUGCUCUUCGUCGGUGUAUCUUUUAUUAAAGUCGGGCAUGACUGACAAUGUGUCUGCUACUUAGCUUAAUUAAGCAAUAUCAUUCCAUUACUUUUCUUAGGUGUGUUGUCCAUUGGCUCAGUGUUCACCUCUUGAAGGUGACAGGUGCUAAUUCCUCUGUUCUGAGCUCAUAUUUAAACAUCUUUUAUCACGUUGUGGAUUUGUCUUUUAAUAUCUCUUUUCAAGAGAAGAAAAGGAUGCAUAAACUCAGUCGAAGUUGAUUUGUUUAUACAAAUAUAACUUCUGUUCUUUCAUGAAAUUAUAUUUAUUCAAAUGUCUAUUGAAAAAAAAAGUAUCUACUAAUGCAUGUAGAUCGUUAGACAAAAAGCUUAUUGCUGUAAAAUAAUUGCAUAUGAUAUGUAAGCUAUUGAUAAAUAUAUAUUUUUCCAUUUGCUUUGGAUGUCGUAAUAUAAUUUAUUAGCAUUUGAUAUUUUAAGAGGCUGAAUAAUUUUUUUCAGAAUGUAAAUUCCCUUAAUUUGAUCAAAUUAAUAUGACUCCAAUCAAAAACAGAGAGAUCACUGAUCAUGACAUUUCCCCAUUAAAGUUCUCAUUUUAUUUUGGAGCAUUUCUUGUCCUUACCUGCUAGGGGAUUCAAAACCUUCUGAAUAUUUGUACAUCGCACACGGUAGCGAACACUGUCACUGUGUUUACAUGUAUGUUUAUAAUAAUGCUGCGAUAUCUCAGAUGUCACUUGUAGGCAGCUAUAUGAUGUCAAAGUAGGAUGAGUUAUAGCUAUGAGCACUCUAUGGAAUCCUGGAACUUUGUAUUUUGGAAUGUUGAACUUUUUAUUUUGGUAAUUACAAGUAUUUAAUAGAUUUAAUAAAAAUACUGUACCAUA